AUGACACAGAACCCAUCUUAUCAGCUUGGCCACGGCCUCGACCCGAACAGACCGGCGUCUCCCUCAAGCCUCUCCAACGCGACUGAUCCCAGUGAGUCGCCCGUCCGCGGUCUUUCCUCUCGUGCUGCUGCCGCCGCCUACGCUGCCACCCCCGGCAUCCAUCUCGAGACCUACGACUCCCCGAGCGAGGAACCGCAAAGCUAUUUCCAUCACAAUCCGCAGUCCUACCGCCAAAGCGCCGCUGUUCCUGCCGUUGCCAAAAAUACAGAAGAGGUGAACGCUUUGCAGCUUCUGACGCUCGAGACCAUGGCUCGCCGUCAAUCUAUCGACGACGUCCGCAAUGCGAAUCCUGACCUCCCCUUGAGUGGGAAUAUCAUCUCGGCCACGUUCAAUAUCCCCCACUCCUUCAAAUAUCACCAGGGCUCCGAUUGGGAGCUAAAACCCCGCCGCGGCCAAUCUGCCCUCUUCGAGUCUUUCACACACCUUUCCUCCGAAGCAACACCCUGGAACCAUACCGUUGUCGCCUGGACUGGUGAGAUUGACGUCUCACAAGAUGUUGUAUCACCCCCGGGAACACCGCCAACAACGACGGUGCAUAUGCCUGGACUAAGCUCGCUCUCUGCGCCCGUUCCUAUCGAUGGCACCACGCGCUUGCCAACGCCUCCAGUAUCAGAAGGAAUCUGGGUUUCCAAGAAAGACCAGUUGCGACUUGAGGAACAACUCUCGCACAAUAAGAUCAUCAAAACCGUGCCAGUCUGGCUGUCGGACGACCAUGAAAGCACCGACGAGGGAAUUCACCUCAAGGACCAAGCUCGAUGGAGGCGGUAUGCUGAACACGAUCUCUAUACGCUUUUCCAUUACAAACAAAACGAGCCAUCCGACGGCCGCCGAGAGCGCAUCAAUUGGGCCGACUACUAUCGCAUGAACCAAAAGUUUGCCAACAAGGUCAUUGAGCAGUACAGGGCUGGCGACAUUGUUGUCAUUCAUGACUUCUACCUCAUGUUGCUCCCCAGCAUGCUUCGCCAGCGUAUUCCCAACAUUUACAUCGCGUUCUUCCUGCACUCGCCCUUUCCCAGUAGCGAGUUCUUGCGUUGUCUGCCCCGGCGUAAGGAGAUUCUUGAGGGUGUCCUCGGCUCCAACCUCAUCGGAUUCCAGUCGUACAGCUACUCGCGUCAUUUCUCAAGCUGCUGCACACGCAUUCUCGGGUUCCCAUCCGACAACCUUGGAGUCGAUGCCUACGGAGCUCGCGUCCAUGUCGGCGUCUUUCCUAUUGGCAUUGCCGCUGCAAAGUGCGAGUCAUAUGCCUGGUCUGAAGCUGUCACCGAAAAGUAUGACGCCCUCAAGAAGAUGUAUCAUGGAAAAAAGAUCAUUGUUGGUCGUGACCGCCUCGAUAGCGUCAGAGGUGUUGCACAGAAGCUCCAGGCGUUCGAGCGCUUCCUGGAAGUCUACCCCGAAUGGCGCGAGAAGGUCGUCCUCAUCCAAGUCACAUCACCCACCGGUCUCGAGUCUGAGAAGGAGGACAACGACAGCAAAAGCAAGAUUGCGACCCGUGUCAACGAGCUCGUGAUGAGGAUCAAUGGCAUGUACGGAAGCUUGGGCUUCUCACCGGUUCAGCACUACCCGCAGUAUCUCACCCCUGAUGAGUACUUUGCGCUUCUUCGUGCUGGCGACAUCGGUCUCAUCACGUCGGUGCGUGACGGCAUGAACACGACGAGUCUGGAAUACGUCAUUUGCCAGCGCGACAGCCAUGGACCUUUGAUUAUUUCCGAGUUCAGCGGUACCGCUGGCAGCUUGAAGGACGCCAUCCACAUCAACCCAUGGGAUCUUACUGGUGUUGCCAGGGAUAUCAACAACGCCCUCAUCAUGUCAGCCGACAAGCGCAUGGCGAUGCAGCAGAGCCUUUACAACCACGUGACAACGCGCAACGUACAGAGCUGGACUGACAAUCUUGUUGACAGACUUGUUCACGUCAUGGCCAGCGAGAAGAGCGUCGCCUCGACGCCUCUGCUUGACCGCACCUUGAUGCUCAAGACUUAUCGCGAUGCCAAGAAGCGUCUCAUCAUGUUCGACUACGAUGGCACCCUGACCCCCAUUGUGCGCGAGCCGAGCGCCGCAGUUCCCUCAGAGCGUGUGCUGCACACCCUGACGGCGCUGGCGGCCGACCCGAAGAACGCUGUCUGGAUCAUUUCGGGGCGCGAUCAGGAGUUUCUGUCGCAGCACCUGGGACACAUCCACGGCCUCGGUUUCAGUGCCGAGCAUGGCAGUUUCUUGAAGGACCCCGGCUCCGAGGACUGGAUUAACCUUGCCGAUGAAUUUGACAUGGGCUGGCAGACCGAGGUCAUCGACGUGUUCCAGCGAUACACCGACCGUGUGCCAGGUGCCUUCAUCGAACGCAAGCGAUGUGCCGUGACAUGGCACUAUCGCCUGGCGGACCCUGAACAGGGUGUCCACAUGGCCCGCGACUGCCAAAACGAGCUCCAGACGACAGUGGCCAAGAAGUGGGAGGUCGAGGUCAUGGUCGGUAAGGCCAACCUUGAGGUCCGCCCAACAUUCAUCAACAAGGGCGAGAUUGCGAAACGCCUCGUACACACCUACAACGAGAAGAGCGCAGCCGAAGGACACGGUGGCAGGGUUGAAUUCGUCUUCUGCUUGGGCGACGACUUUACCGACGAAGACAUGUUCCGCUCGCUGAACGGCAUGUCGGGCAACGAGGUCGAGAACGAACACGUUUUCACGGUAACCGUGGGGGCCAGCACCAAGGUGACCCUGGCGCGCUGGCACCUACUGGAGCCUUCGGAUGUCAUUGAAUGCACGGCGCUUCUUGCUGGCGUAGGCCCGAGUGGCGAGGCACACGAGCAUUUCGGCCAGGUCAAUCUUGCCGCGCUGAGUGCAGUGGAGGGACAAAUCCCUGAGAGUGCCAAGUGA